GGAAGAAUCAACCAAAUACCAGAACAAGUUGGACUGUUAUUUGGCCCUAAAUAUAAAAUUGACUGUGGCAGAAUACCUGAGCACCGGGACCGAUCCUUGACCAAGUACAGACUCAGUGAACACAAAGAGGCCUUCACAGACAGACUUGUCAACUCAUGUUUAGUUUCCCGCCCAAGUUCAGGCGGUUUCUUUGAAUCGGAGCAUGCUCAGUCUCGUUGUAGAACUCGACCAAUCACGUGCGAGCAACAGCACAUUGACAUUUGCAUCAGAGGAAUUUAAAGAGAGCUUCUGGAGUCCAGCUGAGUUAUUCGUUUGAGGAAUCACCGAGUGAAACCAACAAACAAACAUGCCUGAACCGAAGUCCUCCGCCGCCAAGAAGGGCUCCAAGAAAGCAGCGUCUAAAUCCACCAAGACGGGCAGGAAGAGGAGGUCCAGGAGGAAGGAGAGCUACGCCAUCUACGUGUACAAGGUGCUGAAGCAGGUGCACCCCGACACCGGCAUCUCCUCCAAGGCCAUGGGCAUCAUGAACUCCUUCGUCAAGGACAUCUUUGAGCGCAUCGCCGGCGAGGCCUCCCGUCUGGCUCUCUACAACAAGCGCUCCACCAUCACUUCCAGGGAGAUCCAGACCGCCGUCCGCCUGCUGCUGCCCGGGGAGCUGGCCAAGCACGCCGUGUCUGAGGGCACCAAGGCCGUCACCAAGUACACCAGCUCCAAGUAGACUACUGCUGGACCACAACCACACAAAGGCUCUUUUAAGAGCCACACACCUCCUCUGGAGAGCUGC